AUGCAAGUCAAGAAGACCAUCGUAGCCUUGUCGGCGGCCUCUGCGGUCUCUGCCCAGAGACCAGCAGACACGCCCAUUUGCGACUAUUAUACGACAGCUCUACUCAAAGAGAACACGGCAGCAAAUCAGUUGACUGUCUUGACGCUGCUCGUCAAUACUGUCGUGAUUGGCAACUACACCACCCCGAACGUUGGCAUCGCCGUUCCUGGCAUUCUUGCUCCCGGCAAGGUCGAUGGCAUGGACGUGAACCUUCUGCCAUACUUCGACGGAUCCCUCGCCUCCUCCAACCGCGGCGGAUCGUCAGGCGUGGCCGUCAACAACUUGGACGGCGGCGGUGCCGAGCCCCUCAAGAUGAACAAGCCCGCCAACUCCGAGACUUCGAACCAAUACUUCCUUCUCACGCACCUGUACGCCUUCUUCGGCUCUCUGCUAGGCUGCACGACCUACGGAAUGCCCGGCUUCCCCGCGUACGACGGUUUCCCGUCCCAGUACCAGGUGCACAAGUUCAUGGACCUGAACCACUACGAGGUGUCGUACUUCAUCCAGCAGGUCGGCCUCGCUGCUUCGUCAUUCGGCGUGGCGAAAGACGACAUCACUACUGUUGCUGGCGCCCUUGACAAGUUGUUCAACUACAAAUGCUCGCCGCCAGCGACUGCUAUCAAGGCUCAAGGACCACAGCUGCAAUCCAUCUGCAUCGAAGAGACAUGCCCACUGGCGGAGGGAGCUGUCUGUGACCAGUAUGAGCCUGCCGUUGAGCCUAAGAAUGCAACAAGCACAGCCUCGCCUUCAGCGGGAGGCUCAAAUGCGACCGCAACGGGUGGGUCUGGCGGUUCAAGCGCAACGGGCAGCUCCAGUGCAACGGGCGGCUCAGGUGCAACGGCUACCACCGGUGGCACUGGUUCACCGACUGGGGUCCAGGUCGCUGGAGCCAAGGUGGGUGCCACUGUGAGCAGUGUUCUGGCUGGAAUCGUUGUCGCUGCCUUUGCAUCGUUGAUGCUCUAA